AUGCGCCUGAUGCAGUCGGAUCUUGCUAUCCUCAAUGCGGAGCAGUAUGAUGUCGGCGUCCACUUCCCAGGCACGCGGCCAAGGAAGGCCCAGGCAUCGACGCACACUGAGGCUGGCCCUCGCAAGAAGAUGAAGACUUCUGUCACCGUUGCUGAGACUACGGAGCACGAGGAAGAAGAGAAAAAGAGAUCCAGGGGACGGCCCAGGUUGGACACAAAGGAUGAGACCGCCGCCGAGCGGCGUCGAACACAGAUUCGGCUAGCCCAGCGGGCUUACAGAAAUCGGAAGGAGAAUGCAAUCUCCACAUUAGAGAAGAGAGUCCAGGAACUGAAGGAGACCAAUGAGGAAAUGAGCAACGCAUUCAUGAAGCUUCACGAUUUCGCCGUCAGUAGCGGAUUGCUCGAACAGCUCCCGGAAUUUGGUCGUCAGCUACGAUCUACGACAGAGAUGUUUCUAGCUCUUGCCAAGAAAUCUGCUGAGGAAAAUGACAAGGAGCACAGCCAUAGCGCCAGUCCUGAGCACGAGGCCGAGGAGUCAAGCGUUGAUGCUCUGUCCAAGCGUGUACAUCAAGAUGCGGUGCCAUCAUCGCACGUGUCUACCAGACAGACUCCGGCUGCUCCGGCUCAGCUAUAUGGAGGAUUUAUGGUCAGCCACGAGUCUGUUACACACGCAGACAUGGUUGAACCUAUGCUAUCCACGACAUACCAGACCCAGGAAGAUUCAAUGAACACAACAAAUACCGACCUAGGUUACGAAAUUGUUACAGUACCCACCCUCGAGAACGCCUCAUUUCCUUUUGGCCUGAACCCGGACUCACCCUUCGGCGAUAUAUUCUCACACAACCCUUCCCACCAUAGUCCUCUUCACACGCCUCUACUACCGAUUCCUAACACAUACGCUUACCAAGAGUCUACUUUUGGACGCCGGCUGCAGAGAGUUGCUCUCGAGAAGGGUUUACAGCUGAUCACUAUGCCCAACCCACCAAAGGAGGCGUUUGCCAAGGUCUUUGGCUUCUGCAUUCUGUUCGAACCUAUCGAGAAGAUAAAAGAACGUCUUCGUGCUGGCCUGAAAAAAUCGAAGGAAGAGAGUAUGCACUACUGGCAGUUCCCUUUCCUGCAGCUUGGUGGUGCUGGUUCACACGUCCCUGGCUUUAGCUCUACCACCACGCCGCCGAACAUGAGCCCUUUCCAAUCUGGUGAAGAUGGUCACCGCAUCGGUAGCAGUGGUACCAUCGAGCGGUUCAAGCAUCCCAAUGCGUCGUCUGGGUUCGGAAUUGGGCCAUUCACCGAGGCGGUUAGUGAGGCUCGGGAUAAGCGUAUUGGCUCUCGCAUGCGUAUCAAUCUCCCCGGGUUCCAAGGUGACUUCUACGACAGUGACGAGGUCGAACUUUACCUACAAGAACGAGGCGUUUCUAUCGGCGCCGCACAAGACUUUGUGACAGUCGAGGUAGACAUGAAUUUAUUUGAUGACGAGGCCGACGGCCAAUCCCUGAUGCUAUCUCACUCAACCACUCCACCGCCGGCGAAUAUAUUCGGAUCUAGCAGCGCGGAUCUAGGAGGUUUUACCGGGAUGCACGGGCUUGAUGCCUCCAAUGGGUUCGGCGCACAAAACAUGCACUCUACUGGAAGCCUAUCAAGCUCGAGUCUGAGCCCGCACCAAAGUCCAGGAAGCAGCUCGGACGACACUACCAUCCUGACCAUGCCCGACGCGUCUGUGAUCGGUAACUGGCCGAGCAGUAUGCUUCUUCCCACAACGACAGCAGCAACGGUCGAUGACCCCAUGGCGAACAUGUUUGCUACAAGUGGCGCUGGGGCAUUCGGCGACAGCAACUUUUUCGCAUUUUCUGGACUGGAUGCAAACCAGGGAAGCAAGAGAAUUGUAACGAUUGAUGUGAAUCGCUUCAUUCAAGAACUUGUCGAGCGGACUACAUGCUUGGGUCGGUCUCCGGGCUUCCGGCCAAAGGAUGUGAAUACUGCUUUCUGGAUUGCCACGCGAAAUGGUUAG